UUGUUCAGCCAUGUUGGUUUCCUUCUGCUAUUCACAAACGAUGAGAGGAGAAUCAUGGCCUUGUCAAUGAGCGGAGACGAUGAAGAAUAUGAGUCAGAGUCCGAGCAGCAGAAAGCAGUCAACCGGCCAAAGCCAAAGAUGGGAACGACGUCGGCCGUCAAGCUGCCAUCCAACCGCAGCGCAUCAGGAGCCAGGCGCAGGAGAACACGCUGCCGGAAAUGCGAAGCGUGUCUCCGCACAGAAUGUGGAGAGUGUCACUUCUGUAAGGAUAUGAAGAAGUUUGGAGGGCCGGGGCGCAUGAAGCAGUCCUGCAUCAUGAGGCAGUGCAUCGCGCCUGUCCUGCCCCACACAGCGGUGUGUGUGGUGUGUAAAGAGGCGGGAAAAGAGGAUACGCUUGAGGACGAAGAGGAAAAAUUCAACUUCAUGCUGAUGGAGUGCUCCAUCUGCAACGAGAUUGUCCAUCCCAACUGCCUGAAGGUGAGCGAUGCCUCAGGUGUGGUGAACGAUGAACUGCCUAACUGCUGGGAAUGCCCCAAAUGCAACCACGCUGGCAAAAGCGGAAAAGUAUUGAAGCAAAAAAGGGGCCCCGGGUUCAAGUACGCCUCCAACCUUCCCGGCUCUUUGCUGAGGGAACAGAAGCCUGUGAAGGAGGAGGGGGACAUUUCUUCUGGGACGAAGAGGAAGCCGGACAGGGACGAGACACCCAGGUACAGAACCGAGGAGGCUCUCCAUCGACAGCCGCCGCUGCUCUCCCCCAGCGGCCUGCCGAGGCCCAGACCCGAGGACAAGCUGAGGAAGAAGAGGAAGCUUUUUGAUGAUGACGAAGAAGAUGACUUCAAUGUGAGGAAGAAGGAGAAGACGGAGGACUCGUAUUUCUCUAAGCUUCUUCCCCAAUUCAAGACAGAAAAAGAGGAGGAAGACGAUGAAGAUGAUGACGCAGGAAGGGAGCAUCACUUCCGGAGCAGUGUAGACAGGAAAGGCCGCUUUGGAGAGGCAGAAGAGGAAGCGGAUUACAGGGACUCGAGGAACGACUCUCUGAAUUCUUCCAUUAAAACACCACUUGGAGACAGCGACCACUCUCACUGCAGCUCUCCGCAGGCCGGCCCCAGCAGCGAGGGCGGGAGCGAGACGCAAGAAAAGGGGCCUCGUCCGAAGGCUCGGCGCAAACGUCGCCUACCCAACAGGGAACUGAGCCGAGAACUGAGCAAAGCUUUGAACCAGGAAAUCCAGAAGACCGAGGACUGCCUGGCCAAUGAGAACCGGCAACCACUAAAGGUAGAACCAGAGAUGGAGAACGAGGAACCAAAGAAGCUGUUCCGCAACGGUAACGAUCUCGGCGACCAGCGGUCUCAUCUGAAGACCAAAGAGAUGAACGGGAACACCUGGGACCUGCGCCACUUUUACCCGAGUCAGAUCACCCCUCUGGGCUUCAACCGGAGCACCCCGACGACCCGGCCAGUGCCCCCCCGCUCCCCUCCCAAGUGCGUCCAAAUGGAACGGCAUGUAAUCCGGCCUCCCCCCAUCAGCCCGCCUCCUGACAGACUGCCGCUGAAAGAUGGGAAAGCACACGUCCUGCAGCGUGAGGUGUGGAUGAAGAUAUUUGGCUAUCUCUCUCACAAGGAGCUCUGCGUCUGCAUGAGAAUUUGCAAGACAUGGAACCGAUGGUGUUGUGACAAGAGACUUUGGACAAACAUCGAUCUGAACCGCUGCACCUCGGUCACGCCGCUUAUGCUGAGUGGGAUUAUCCGCAGGCAGCCAAUGUCCUUAGACCUCAGCUGGACCAACAUUUCCAAAAAACAGUUGAGCUGGCUUAUCAAUAGAUUACCAGGUCUGCGGGUGUUAAAGCUGUCGGGUUGUUCCUGGGCCGCCGUCUCUGCUCUCUGCACCUCCAGCUGCCCCCUUCUGCGCACUCUGGACGUCCAGUGGGUGGAGGGACUCAAAGACGCACAGAUGAGGGACCUCCUUUCACCUCCCACUGACAACAGACCAGGUCAGCUGGAUAAUCGCUGCAAGCUGCGGAACGUGGAGGACCUGCGGCUGGCGGGGCUCGACAUCACGGACGCAUCCCUGCGUCUCAUCAGCAGACAGAUGCCCCUGCUGUCCAAGCUAGACCUGAGCUACUGCAACCACAUCAACGACCAGUCUGUGAAUCUGCUCACCGCCGCAGGAACCACCACCAGGGACUCCCUCACAGAAAUUAACCUAUCAGUUUGUAACAGAGUCACGGAUCAUUCGUUGAACUAUUUCAAGCGCUGCGGCAGCAUCUGUCAGAUCGACCUCCGCUUCUGUAAGCAGGUGACGAAGACGGCCUGCGAGCACUUCAUCGCAGAGAUGUCCGUGAGCGUCCCGUUCAAACUGAAAGAGGACAAGCUGCUGCAGAAGAUAAGCUAGCUUCUAACGGGACAAAAACCAACGUUUUCAGACUGCACUUAAAUUGCACUUAAGUCUCUGAAUCACUGUUGUCAUGGAAUAAACAGAGGGAAGUUUCUGUGAGGUGAUAUUCACUGGACAGAAGAAGAGGGGAAAAGACUGCAUGUAUUUCUUUUUGUAUUCUUACUUUUAUAAAUAUGUGGUUGUAUUUGAGUUAUUUUAUCGGUUUUGUUUUCAUUUCCAGCAUAUUUUUGUACGAGCAUUGAAAAGGUUUUCUGUUUCUGGAGCUAAAAUAUAGUAGACUCUUCCGUCGUUAUAAACAAAACUGCUUCUUUUUAUUUUUUUUCCCCGUGUGCCAAAUUCUGUUUGACGUUAAAGCUUCAGUAUAUCGAAAAGAAAAAAAACAUGCAUGUGCUGUGUUUUUAAAUGACCAUAUCUACAUUAAAUGGAUAAAUUAGAAAUUUCUGUUACACCCUCAUGUUUUACACGAACCAUGUCAAACUGCUGAGGGCUUUCCACAGGUUUUUCAGCAAUAUUUCAAUAUUAAUUUAUUGAUUUUUUUUUUAUUUUAUAUUUUUUUAUUACAGUUUGUAUUUAUUGGUUUAUUCAGUGACUUGACAUAGGUGUCUUACAUGCUUGGUUCAAAUGGUGUGUGUGAGUAAUUUAUCAGGGUGGUUGGUGUGUUUUGUCCCAACCCUCCAGUUUGUGUGUUUUUGUCUAAAAGUCAUUUACAGCGAAUCGAUUAACGACUUUAAGGCAGAUAACCUCACACAACUAUAUGGGCAACUAAUUAUGACCUCUGCAAGUAUUUGCAUUCAUUUAAAAUUAUACUUCAUACAGUAGGGUUUUUUUUCUUUGUGCUGUAAAUUUCUCGCCUCAGGUGAAUGUGAUUAUGUUUAUACAUGUAAAUCAAAAAAAGUGCUCAUUUGCAUUAAAAGAACUUUAAUUUGUACCAUCA